GUCGCUCGCUCGUCAGAGUGAGAGGUGUCGUUUUGCCGAGCGCCGCGAAAGUCGUCGUUCUCGCGUAUACCUCUUGCAGCUAAGCACAUCCGCCCGGAGGAAUAAAGAGAAAAAACAUGGCAGCCUCGCGAGUGAGGCUGAGCUGUCGGCUCGCGCUGCUGGUGCUGCUGUUGGUCAGCGGCUGCGCCCGCGGCCAGGUGCGCAUCGACGAGGUGGCCGUCUCCUCGACGAACGUGCCACGCGAGGCCGUCUCGCAGCUUCUCAUCGAGAGCGCACUAAACUCGCUCAACGAGCGGAACACCUACAGAAACAGCCAGCUCAUCGAGGCUCGCAAAUUGGUAAAGUCGCCGUACGUCAUCUACCAGCUGAGGCUGAAGUUGGAGCCGGCGUGCGCCGACUCGGAGCAAAGUUGCAGCAACGAGAUCUGCAGUCUCGACGUGCGUCAACACGAGCAAGGCGUGAUCAACGUGAUCGGCGAGUCGAUCAAGUGCGACUCGACGGCGGAGGCCAAGGCGGCCGCCGAGAGGGAGACGAUCGAGGGCUUGGAGCGGCAGGUGGUGAAGGGGCCGCCGAGCUUCGACAGCGAGGUGCAGGUGCACGAGGACCAGAAUUAUCGACCGUUCGUGGCGGUUCGUGCCAACCAGUCGGAGUACUGCCCGGGCUGCCCGUACGAGUUGAACCCCUCGCUGCCCGGGCUCACGGCCUUUAGCGAGCAGGCUCUGCGCUCGAUGGACGAGGCCGCGGUCAGCGACUUCAAGCACAAGCUCGUCAGCAUCGUGCGCGUCAGCCGCGCCGUGCCCGCCAAUGCCAACCUCGUACGCUAUCAGCUGCUCAUGGAGAUCGCCGAGUCCAAUUGCCUCAAGAGCUCGCUCAUCGAGCUGUCCGAGUGCUCCGCUCAGUCGAAUCUGCCCAUCAAGCUGUGCCUGGUCACCUUCGAGGAGCGCCCCUGGAGACCCGACAGCCGGCUGAUCACCAACAACAACUGCACCGAGCAGCUCGGCACUGCCGACAACGAAGUCAGCGCGAACCUUCAGCCCGCCAAACUCGGAAAAUCCUCGGAGAUUGCUGCCAAGCCAGUCGACGAGCCCGCCAGUACGGUCAAGCCCGAAUUCUUCGACCAGAUCGCCCAGGAGGCUCAAGAGGUAGCUCGCGUGCCUUCGGCUCAAUUGCCUGGGCAAGUUUUCCAAAAGACCGACAAUGUCGAAGCUGUCGACGCGAGCGAGCUGCCGCACACCAAACCCCACUUCAGCGCUGACAAGCUUAAGGAAUUCGACGAGUUCCUGCAGGAUUUCGACGCUCCCGUCAAGUUCGAAGCCACGACUGUCAAGGAUUUCGGUGAACCCAUCGACGAGGAGCCCACGAAGAAAGAGCAGGUCGCCACCAACAGUCCCAAGGAGGAAAUCACGGAGGACAAAGAGGCGGCGCCCGACGAGCAAGCCGCAGCUGCCUUCAAAGACAAGUCCACCGCGAUUGCCGAUGCGGCCGUCGAGACUGCGAGGAUCAAGAGAGAUUUAACGCAGAAACCAGUGGAGAAUAAUAAGGCGAUGCUCAGAAAAUUGACCGUGAAAGCGAUCGAGCUGGUGGAUCAACAGGACGACGAUGACAAAAGGAAACGCGUGAUCGACGUCUUGGGCGUGGACAAAGAAAGACGUGAUUCCAACGUAGUUUAUUAUCUGACCGUGGAAGUUGCACCGACCGACUGCUCGGAAAAAGAUCAGUCGACCGAGUGUCUCGAUGAGGUAAUAAUACCUGGAUCCACCGAAAUUUGCAAAAUUAGUGUCGCCACGAGCGAGAAAAAACCAUUGCAGUCACCGAAGUUACUGCACUACGAUUGCAAGUACAAGCAAAAGUCGGAAAGCCGAUUUAAGCGCGAGAAUAUCUUGGGAGGUCAAGAGCCGCACGAUCCAGAAGAUCCGAAAAUCAAGAAAUUCAUUGAACUCGGCUUGCAACAAUACUCGGCAAACUAUCAUGGAACGCAUGAACCUAUGAUCAGUAAGGUCAGAAAUGUCACGGUUCAGGUCGUGUCUGGGUUGCUGUACAGAAUCGAGACUGACAUUGGCUCUAGUACCUGCAAAAAAGGCGAAACGUUGAAUUGUCAAUUGAAUACGGAGAAAGAAUCGAAACAAUGCAUCAUUGAGGUAUGGUCGCAACCUUGGAUGGACAAGGGCAAUCCGAAAAUCAAAGUCAAGUGCGAUCAAGAUAAACGUGAAAAACGUUCGCUGCGAGGAGUCAAUUACAGUGUGAAAAUGUUACAGCAGUCCAGACAGCUGAAGGAAGAGAAAUUGUUUCACGCUUUCAUCGAUAAAUACAAGAGGAAAUACACAUCCGAAGAAGAGAAGGAAAGGAGGUUUAACAUUUUCCGCAAUAAUUUGGAUAUGAUAGAAGAAUUGCAAAGAAAUGAGCAAGGCACGGGUCGCUACGGAGUCACCCAAUUCGCCGAUCUCACCAAGGCUGAAUUCACGGCAAAUUACUUGGGCUUAAAACCAGUAUUGAGGUCUGACAACGAUAUACCAUUGCCGAAGGCCGAAAUUCCAGACAUUGAAUUACCAGAGAAUUUCGAUUGGAGACACUACAACGUUGUAACUCCAGUAAAGAAUCAGGGUUCGUGUGGAUCCUGCUGGGCUUUCUCGGUGACCGGCAACGUUGAGGGGCAAUACGCGAUCAAACACGGCAAAUUGCUGUCGUUAUCUGAGCAAGAACUAGUAGACUGUGAUAAGCUUGAUAGUGGAUGCAACGGUGGACUGCCGGAUUCCGCUUAUAGGGCUAUCGAAGAGUUAGGAGGCCUGGAAUUGGAGUCUGAUUAUCCCUACGAAGCCGAGGAUGAAAAAUGUCAUUUCGAUAAGAACAAAGUUAAAGUUUCUAUUGUAUCCGGAUUAAACAUUACUAGUAAUGAGACGCAAAUGGCUCAGUGGCUUGUUCAGAAUGGCCCGAUGUCUAUUGGAAUCAAUGCUAAUGCUAUGCAGUUCUAUAUGGGAGGAGUUUCUCAUCCUUUCAAGUUUCUCUGCCGCUCUGAUAUUGAUAGUCUUGAUCACGGCGUUCUUAUUGUCGGUUAUGGAAUAAAAACUUAUCCCAUUUUUAAAAAGAGCAUGCCAUAUUGGUUAAUCAAAAACAGCUGGGGUCCACAUUGGGGCGAGCAAGGUUACUACCGAGUAUACCGUGGAGACGGAACCUGCGGGGUUAACCAAAUGGUUACGAGUGCAGUCAUCGCCUAAAAAGGAAGACUCAUGGAAAUUUGUCAUCUAAACCUCGAUUGUUCGAUUUAAAAAGUAAGUUUAAGAGAAAUCAAAUACAAGAAAUUCACUUGAAUUUAAUGAAAGUUUCGAGAAUUCAAAAUUUGCGUGUGUUUUUGUGCAGAUACUUAAUAUUAUACACAAAUACAAACAAAUUUAUACGCGAAACCAAGACAUAUGACAACGACAUUGUCGUUCUUUAAAUAAAUAAUUAUAGGAUAAAUUAUUCUUUUUCUACGGACUACUUAAGAUAAACUAGUAGAUAACUCUAUAUAAACAGAUGCACUGAAGUAAAAGAAAUAUUAUUUGUUACAUGACAUUGAUAGAGUUUUUGUACAAAGUUUGCUUUAUUAAAAAGUUUUUGUUAAUACUCUUUUACUGAUCAUUGUAAAUUAUUCAAUACUUUUUAUUUUUCCUUUUAUGUAUUAUAUAACAUGGCAAAUACUUGUUAUGAUAUAAAUCUGUAUAUUAUAAUCUAUGUAUUUAUACUAAUCUCAACGCGUGUGCCAAUGUUUUGUACGCAAAACGAAUAUUCAAAUUACAUAUUUUUGUUAAAUAAUUAAUUUUCAAAGCUUUGCACUGAAAAUGUUUGUAAUAUUUGAAACUUAAUUGUGAUAUUUUUUCAAAGGAAAUGAA